CAGAACCUUCGUCGUUCAGCCUCCAUCUUCAAUCGUACUGGUUUUAAAGAUUCAUUUCCAGAAAAAAAGCUCAAAUCAUUUACGAAUCAAGCUCAAAAGAAAUGGCGAAGCGUUUGAUUCCUCUCCUUAACAGAGUUCUAGUGGAGAAGAUCGUCCCUCCUUCCAAAACCACCGCUGGUAUUCUCCUUCCUGAGAAAACAUCCAAGAUUAACUCCGGCAAAGUUGUGGCUGUUGGGCCGGGAAUUGUUGACAAGACAGGGAAUUUGAUUCCAGUUGCUGUGAAGGAAGGAGACACUGUACUCUUGCCUGAAUAUGGCGGUACUCAAGUUAAGCUUGGCGAGAAAGAGUAUCAUCUUUACAGGGAUGAUGAUAUAAUGGGAACACUACAUGACUGAUUGAUUGAUUACUACUCAUCUGAUGGGGGGUGGAUUGGUUCGAAAACUAUUGUUUCUUUUUGUAUUGACAUUUUUAGCUUCACAACUUGGUUUAGUGAUGGCAGUUUAAUCCUCAUUAUGAACACUGAGAUUUGAAACUUGUAUUCAUAAUUGAGAUCAAUUUCUGAAGUUAAAGGUAUGUUUUGUUUACCCA